AUUGAGAAUAUCAAAUCGAGCAGAAAUUCUCGAUGAACGUACACCAUGUCUGCAUCGAUCACCACAGACGUCAGUAACUAUGAGGCUAAGGGAUAUGGCGACCCAAGCCAUAGGAUGAAGGCCCUUACCUGGCAAGGGAAGAAUACGGUCAGAGUUGUGGAAACGGCUUGCCCAAAGAUCAUCGAUGAAGGCGAUGUCAUACUCAAGGUGACCGGCAGUACGAUCUGCGGUAGUGAUCUCCACCUUCUGCAUGCGGCCAUUCCAGAUCUUCAGAAAGGUGAUAUCCUCGGCCACGAGUUCUGCGGUAUUGUCUCAAGCGUGGGGCCAGCAGUCAAGAAGGUUAAAGUGGGCGAUCGCGCUGUGGCAUCCUUUCAAAUUGCCUGUGGACAGUGUUAUUAUUGCAAGAAGAAGUUGUCCUCAAUGUGUGAGAGGACGAAUUCGAACGAGGAGGCCACUAAGCUAUAUGGGCGUCGAACAGCUGGCAUGUUUGGAUACUCUCACUUCACGGGGGGCUUUGCUGGUGGACAAGCGGAAUACGUUCGUGUCCCUUACGGUGACGUGAACCUUCUUCAGCUGCCCGACGACGUCCCUGAUGAAAAAGGACUCUACCUUUCAGAUGUGUUAGGAACAUCUUGGAACGCGGUUGUCGAUACUGGAGUUGAGGAGGGUGACAUUGUGGCAAUCUGGGGAGCUGGCCCAGUUGGACAAAUGGCAGCGGAAUUCAGUUUCUUCAAUGGUGCAAAGAGGGUCAUCCUCAUUGAUGGCGGCGAUGGAAAAUGGCGACUAGACUUUGUCAAAAAGAUUAUACCCAAGCUCGAGACAGUUGAGUAUACGAACCUUCCCAAGGGCGAAUCUGUGACCUCGACUCUGAAGAAAAUGUGCGAUGGCCGCGGACCUGAUGUGGCUAUUGAGUGCGCCUCCGGGGAGUAUACCAAAGGAUGGUCUCAUUACUUUGAGAGAUUGCUCGGCAUGGAAACGGACACCUCUGAGCUGAUCAACGAGAUGAUUACAUCUGUCCGAGCGUUCGGGCGCUGUGGGGUUACUGGCGUAUAUGCCGGCUAUUGUAAUCACUUUAACAUCGGAUCCUUGAUGGAGACUGGGAUCAAGCUCCUUGGCAAUGGACAAGCCCCUGUGCAAAAGUAUUGGAAAGACCUCCUGAAGUAUAUCCAAGAGGGCAAGAUCCAUCCCUUGCAUAUGGUCACCCACCGGUACAAGCUCGAGGACAUGGAGACGGUCUAUGAUUUAUUCAAUAAGCGCGAUCCGGGUAUGCAGAAGGUCUUUGUCCAAACAAAAUUUUCCGCCCCUCCAUCACCUGGAGCUCCUAAGUUGACAGUUGUCUAAGCUGUACUAUGUUACUUAAAAGUGUCUUUAUAUUAGUUAAUGCUUGUGGG